AUGUUCUCCAUAGCACGGAAUACCGCGCUCCGAGCGGCGCGGGCAUCGCUGCGGUCGUCGCAUCCCACCGCCGUCCCACAGUACUCGGCCUUUGCGCGACUGGCCUCCACACUCGCCGUUCUCGAACAGAAGGAGGGGAAACUCGUCUCACAAUCAUUGGCCGCAAUUACAGCAGGAACAAAGCUCGGAGGGUCAAUAACUGCAUUUGUUGCUGGAGGUGGGGUCAAGUCGGUCGCAGAGGAGGCGGCAAAGGCGAAGGGUGUGGAAAAAGUUAUUUACAUAGAGAAUGCUGCGUACGACAAGUGCCUCCCCGAAAAUUAUGCGCCACUCUUGGUUGAGAACAUCAAGAAGGGCGGCUACACCCAUGUAGUCGCUGGCCAUUCUGCCUUUGGCAAGAACAUCAUGCCCCGCGUCUCAGCCCUGCUAGACACUCAGCAAAUAUCCGACAUCACAGCCAUUGAGAGUGAAGACACAUUCGUGCGUCCAAUCUACGCCGGUAAUGCGAUCAUGACCGUCCAGUCUUCCGAUAGCAUCAAGGUUGUCACCGUUCGUGGUACCGCAUUCCCCGCACCAGAGACCGAGGGUGGCUCUGCAUCAAUUGAAGAGGGCGUCGACCCCAAGGCUGAAUGCCAGACCGAGUGGAUAUCUGAGGAUCUCGCAAAGUCAGAUCGCCCCGAUCUGGGAUCAGCAGACAAGGUUGUGUCUGGUGGACGUGGGUUGAAGUCAAAGGAGGAGUUUGACAGGAUCAUGACUCCUCUGGCUGAUGCACUUGGUGCUGCCAUCGGUGCCUCGCGAGCGGCCGUUGACAGUGGCUUCGCCGACAAUAGCUUACAGGUCGGACAAACAGGAAAGAAUGUCGCACCACAAUUAUACCUUUGCGCUGGAAUCUCUGGCGCUAUUCAGCAUCUGGCCGGUAUGAAGGACAGCAAGGUCAUUGCUGCGAUCAACAAGGACCCGGAAGCACCCAUCUUCCAGGUCGCAGAUGUUGGGCUUGUUGGUGAUUUGUUCGAAAAGGUACCAGAGUUGACUGAAAAAUUGAAGGCGCAAUAG